AUGUUCGGGAUAUCGAGGAGUUUUAAGUUUCCGACUCUAAGUCUUGCAAAGAAAAGGAAAAUAAGUCACGGGCUUGGAUGUUUGCGUGGUGAACAUACUAUUGAAAUUGAUCGUUCAUAUUCCCCUAUUGUCCACCCACCAAGGAUAGUCCUGUUAGCCGUGAAACAGCAGAUCAAAGAAGCAUUACAGAGGAUGGAAGAUGCUGGUGUUAUCGUCAAGCAAACAGAACCCACAGAUUGGGUCAACAGCAUGGUUACAGUAAUAAAACCCGAGAAAAUCCGAGUGUGUAUUGAUCCAAGAGAUUUUAAUCGAGCAAUAAAAAGAGAACAUUAUCCAAUGAGAACGUUUGAAGAAGUUGUUGCUUGA